AUGCCUCCUUCGCUCCCCCGGCCGUCGACACUAAACGGCCUCUCAGCCGCCCUCUCCUCCUGCCGAAUCUCGGCUCCGGCGACUGUCAUUAGCAAGAAACCAACCCGGCCAGCAAUAGCAUCACUUAGCACCUCAUCAGCUGCUCGGAAUCCGCAGCAACAACAGCAGCAGCAGCAACAGCAGCAAGCAGCGCCCAUCGUCUUUCCUCCUCAGUCACCCAGGUUCAUCACUUUGCCGGAGCCACCCCAGUCGUCCGAGAUCAAGCUGGGACCAAUCAAGGGCCACCUGCCCGUGCCUCGCGACAUCUUCCCCAAGCGCGACGGUGACCGCAAGAUCCAGCCCGAGUAUAUCGCGAAUGCGACGAAACUGUCCAAAGCCGAGCUGGCCGGCCUGCCGCCCAAGACCGAGCACGAAGAGCGGCGACGGCGCAUGGCUGCUGCACGUCGUAAAGCCCUCGAGGAAGGUCUCCGCGGGCUGUACGAGCGCAAGCAGCUUCGUGAGAAGCGCUGGGCAGCGCGCAGCAAGCGCAACUAUGAGCGCAACCUAGCUGCCGCAAUGGCCCCUGAGCGGCUGGAUGAGGUGUUGACCCGCUCCACAGUGUUGGAAGCCACUGCGCUUGGUGGUCAUCUGGAGGAGGACCCGCAUCGGUUCGCACGGGCGAAGAAGGCAGCCAAAAAGCAUGCUGCCAUCAUGGCUAAGAAGGCGGAGGCUCGGAGGGAUGCCCUGGCGCAGCUGUACGUGGCAGCUCAGAACUUUAUUGUGGAUGAAAAGGAGCUGGAACAGCGUGUUGAGGAGCUCUUCAAACCCGAUACUUUCCGCUACGGUGGCAGCGGAAACUGCGAAAGCAUCUGGGAUACCCAAAAGGCUCCUGUCAGUAUUAGUGAAUUGCGCGCUGACACAUUUGGAACUUCGGCCAACAUCAUCGAUGCUAAGAAGAGCAACAGCGUCAAGACUGCCGCACGCCAGAAGAUUGUGGCUGAAGAGUUGACAGGAGGCAAGUUGUGA